UUUUGUCAGGGCCCAAUAACUAAUGUUCAUAAAGCUGGUAGUGUAAUGUAUGGCAUUAUGGAUCAGGGAACAUCUUCUGGAAACCUUGAUGCAACAUCAUCAGGAAUUACCCCAAAUGAAGCGACUGGAACAAUUCAAGACAUAAUCCAAGAUUCGCUCGCAAAGUCGAAUUUGCAGUCAACAUCAGGUCGUCCUAAAAACCAGCUUCGUCGCAGUCUAAGCUGCCCGUCCAACUUCACUCAAAUCUGCCAGGAAUGCUCCGGAUUAUGCGUUUGCCCGACGCUUCAUUAUUUAACAAAGAAUGAUGUUAAGAAUCUACGUCGCAGUAAGACAGUCCGACAAACCAAAAUAAGUCUGCCUAGUGGGGAACGAAUACACUUUCAUAAGCGAGCAUUUCCAAAUUUGCCCAAAACAUCAGAGAGUACACAUUUUAUGAAUCUAGUUCUUCUUGACUUCGAACCGAGGGUCGUUAACGAUCGGAAAGUCCUGGAAGAUUUAACCGAAUAUACAGAAUGUCAAGUGUGUUAUAUUAAGUACAGACGGAUACGCCAGCGGGAAUGUUGUGGGAUGCCAGUGUGUGAAGUUUGCAUCCAGACGUACAUCAGAGAGAAGGUAAACCGUCGCGUUGUCAUCGUCCGCUGCUUGAAUCCCGCUUGUCACUGCUUCAUCUUCAAGGAGGAGAUCUUACAUCACUUAAGUUCGGAGCUGUUUGAGAAGUUUUUGCGCUUCUUGGCGGAGGAUAACAGCGAUCCGAGUCAGAAGACGUGUCCGCAGUGUAAUCGCAUUGCACACUUUGAUAAUGACGUGACAAUCAGGUCGAGUGCACAAAGAUCCACACCUGAUGAUCAAGAGGUAGCUUGCCCCUGUGGGUUAUUGUGGUGUUAUCGAUGCCAAGCUCCAUGGCACCACAACAUGACCUGCCAAGAGUACAUCAAAGGUGACCUCUUAUUCAAGGAAUGGGCUAAAGAUCACAUUAGAGGUCAAGCUAAUGCCAAGAGAUGUCCGAAGUGUAAGGUGUACAUACAGCGUAGUUCUGGGUGUGAUACGAUGACAUGCAGCAGAUGCCAGACACUAUUUUGUUAUCGUUGUGGAGGUCGUUACUAUAGCAGCAAAUACUUCGGCAACCACUUCUCCCGUUUGAGCGUGUUUGGCUGCAAGUAUCGCUACCGACCUAACGAGCCAAUCAAACGCAGAAUGAUAAGGGGAGUUAUUUUUGGAUGUCAACUUCUUGCUGCACCAAUAUGGCUGGCAGUAGUCGUUGGUUUAGGAGGUGUUCUCCUGAUUGCAAUCGGACCAGCCUACGCUGUUUACCGAUUCUGCCGCUACUUCAAGCACAAACGAUGCAAGCUUCGCUAUCAACAACGCCAAUUGGAGAAUGCCUUACAACUGCGACUAGUUGAGGAAAAUACAGGGUUUCGUACCGGACGUUCCGCGUCUAAAACACUGACACCAAGACCAGCCACACUCAUAGACCUGCCACCAUCUCCAUGGCAACCGUACUGAGAUUAAAGUCGCAAGCCUCAACAUUUAAAAUGAUCGACCUCAAUGUUUAAAAUAGAAGCGUAACUAGUGAUAAAGAUUUUAGAGCGUCAAAAGUGCAAGAUGGGAAACUCUGGCUGAAAUGUGGGUUGUGAACUGGACACCAUUUCAGCAAGCAACUCUUUCGAUGCAACAAUAGAUCAGUGAUUGAGGGCCAAAUUUCAUAAAGCCAAGCACAAAAACUUGCUAUAAGCACAGGAAAAUCUUGCUUAGCAAAACAAGUU